ACGGACUGGCGGGACGAGGAGGAAGAAGAAGAAGCGGUGGAGGAUGAGGCCGUGGCAAUGGAGAAGGACAAAGAGGAGGACAAAGACGAAGAAGGAGGAGGAGGAGGCGGAGGCCCCGACGAUGGAGGAGGACGAGGAGGAGGAGGAGGACGACGUCGACGAAGAAGAAGAAGAAAAAGAGGGCGAGGAGGAGAACAAGGAGUAAGAGGAGAAGGACGACGAGGAGUAUGAGGAUGGCGAAGAAAAAGGAGGAGGAAGAAGAGGUGGAGGAAGAGGAGACCACAGCGACGGAGGAGGAGGAGGGAGAGGAGGAAGAAGAAGAUGAAGAGGAGGAGGAUAAGGAGGACGAAGAAGAAGAGGAGGAUGAGGAGGAGGAGGAGAACGACGACAAGCAGAAGGAGAAGAAGGACGGCGAAGAAGAAGAGGAGUACGAUAGGGACGAGGAGAAGGAGGAGGCCAUGGCGAUGGAUGAGGAAGAGGAGGAGGAAGAAGAGGAGGAGGAGGAGGAGGAGGAGGAGGAGAAACAGGAGGAGGAGAAGGAGGAGGAGGAGGAGGAGGGGGAGGAGGAGGAGGAAGAAGAAGAGGAGGAGGAAGAACAGGAGGAGGAAGAAGAGGAGGAGAUGGAGGAGGAGGAGAUGGAGGAGGAGGAGGACGAUGACGAGGAUAAGGAAGAAGAAGAGGAGGAGGAGGAGGAGGACGACGAGGAGGAGGAGGAGAAAGAAGAAGAGGAGGAGGAGGAGGAGGAAGAGGAGAAGGAAGAGGAGGAAGAAAAGGAGGAGAAAGAAGAUGCGGACGAAGAAGAGGAAGGCCCGACGAUGGAGGAGGAGGUGGAGGAGGAGGAGGCGACGACGACGGAGGAGGAGGAAGAAGAAGAGGAGGAGGAGGAGAAGAAGGAGGACGAGGAGGKGGAGGAGGAGAAGGAGGACGAAGGCAACCAGGAGGACGAGGAGGAAAAGGAAAAGGAGGAGGACGAGGAGAGGAGAAGCGGAAGGAGGAGGAGGAGGAGGAGGAGAGGGAGAAGGAGGAGGACGAGGAAGAGGUGGACGAAGGGAAGCUGGCUCACCUGGAGUGGGCAGGCGAUGGCUCAUAGGGUUGCGGUCGUCGACGUCGGAGUUCAGCAAUGGCAACACCGAACUCCGACGACAGCGUGGGGUCACAGACGCACAUUUUCAAAUUUCAAAAUAGUCCAAUUUGGGUCGUCGAUCUCGCAGAUCUAAUGACCCAGAUCAGGCUGUUUUGCUUUUUGCUUUUGGAGGCCCUACUGGCCUCCAACAAAUCUUUCCGUCGUCC